CUUCACCAAAGACGAGGAUGGAUCCUACGAAGGUGAUGUGGGAGUUGGUGGCGGCUUGCAGCAUCGUCUUUGUGGUACGCUGGUUCGUAAAGAGGAGGCAACACUUCAACUACUUCAAGAAGCUGGAGAUUCCCGGACCGGAACCCAGCAUAUUUUUCGGCAACAUGAUGGAGUUAUACAAAAAGACACCAACAGUGGCUUACAGGGAAUGGAUUGACAAGUACGGAAAAGUCGUUGGGUACUUCAACGGCUACCGACCGGUGCUGCUCGUCGCCGAUCUUGAGCUCCUCAAGAACGUGCAAGUGAAGGACUUCCAGGAUUUCAUUGACCGGAGUCUCCUGUUUCAAUCUAAACGACCUCCGAGUCCCCAAAACAAGAGCCUCAUCCAGUUGACGGGAAAACGCUGGAAAGAAGUGCGAAGUGUCCUCACACCGUCCUUCACCUCCAACAAACUCAGAAUGAUGUCAGCGGGAGUCAUCGAAACCAUCCAAGAGCUGAUGACCAAGCUUGACCAGAAAGCCAAGACCGGAAGUGAGUUUGAGAUCGGCGACAUGUACCAGGCACUCACGCUCGACGUCAUCUGCCGGAGCGCCAUGGGCAUCAACUACAACCUCCAGCAGCAUCCGAGCCACAGCUUCCUGGUCAGCAGUCGAAUGCUCUUCAGCAGCACGUUCUCCAUCAUCGCCGUUCUGCUGACUGCUUUUCCGGAAUUGGAAUUCUUCUUGAGGUACCUCAACGACUUCAGGAUGAAGAGCCUCAACAAUGGAGUGCAUCCCUUUCGCGAGGUCCAGGAAAAGUGCAAGAGCAUAGUCAUGCAGCGCCAAAUGAACAACGUGGUGCACCAAAAAGACCUGCUGCAACAGAUGAUCGAAGCCAAGCAGUCCAGAGUAGAUGUCGGGAGCGUCACGUCGGAUCAACUGACUGCUGCUGAUGACAACGACCCUGAACAAAAACCAGCAUCUCAGCUUGCCAACGGGUUUACCCACAGUUCAAAAGCUGUUUUGGAUGAUGACGAUAUUACACAGAACGCGUUUCUUGUACUCAUUGCUGGUUAUGAGACAACGAGCAACACUCUGACGCUGGUCACGCACAUGUUGGUCAACUAUCCUGAAAUCCAGGAGAAAGUCCGACGGGAGCUUCUUUCUGUCAUCGAACAAGACGAGGAAAUCACAUACAGCACCGUCCAGAAGCUGCCCUACCUCAACUGCGUCGUGUCGGAGACCAUGCGUCUCUAUCCACCCAUCUUCGCGUUUGUCACGAGAGAGGCGGUGGUGGACAAGCAGUACGGCAAGCUCAAGAUCCCCGCGGGGACGGCAGUGAUGGCCGCCAUCGAGUAUAUCCACCGUGACCCGGACAACUGGAAGGACCCGAACAUAUUCGACCCUGACAGGUUCCUGCCGCAGAACAAGCACUUCGACCCGCUGGCGUGGCAGCCCUUCGGGGCGGGACCCCGAAACUGCAUCGGCAUGCGCUUCGCCCACAUGGAGCUCAGGCUCACCCUAGCCAACGUUCUCCGCAAGUAUCGACUCGAGGCCACCGAAAACAGCGACGUGGAUCCGCCCCAGAUUGAUAUGAAUCCGCUCGUGCUGAGGAUCAAGAAAGGAGUGAACGUCAGGGCCGUCCGCCUCUAAAGAAGGAACCACACUCCCGUGUAUAUACGUGUACAGCCUACGGCAACUCUGUUCUUAUUUAACCCUUGUACAAAGUCAGGCAACACUGAUCAUCAUUGUGUGUCUUAAAAUAUAAACGUUUUUUUUGUGGAAAAACAAUAAAACCGUGUUUGUUAUUU